AUGUUCAUACCUGCUGCUUGCUCGUCCGAGUUCUCGCCACCAUCAACCAGCCCGACCUCGUCUCGGUCGCAGCAGAGCAUCGAGGACAUGGCCCCCCCCCUCUCCAGCGCGAGCAUAGAGCUCGACUACCCGCUCUACGCGCUCGACUUUGACCCCGAGGAUGCGAAUCGGCUCGUCGUCGGCGGCGGCGGCGGCCCUGGCCACUCGGGUGUCGGCAACAAGAUUACGGUUCUCGAGCGCGAUGGCCAGGACGAGCUGCGCAUCGCCGGCGCCAUCGACCUGCCGCGAGACGAAGACUGCGUCAUGUCCCUCGCCCUCGCCGGCCGCAAGAGCAAGUCGACGCAGAUAUUGGCCGGCGUCAACUCGAGCCCGGCCGAGAUGGCCAAGGGCAUCAACCAGCACCUCCGCACCCUCGUCGUCGAGUCGUCCAAGUCGCGGGCUUCGGCCGGCGUCAAGGCGGCCGGGUUGACGGUCAGGGAGCUCUCGCGGACGGCGCUCUUCGAGAAGCCCAGCCCGGACGCCUAUCAGCGUCGGCUGCGGCUCGCCGGCACCACGGGCGUCGUCUCGACCGGCAUGGGCAACGAACCCCAAAUCGCCGUCUUCGACACGGCCGGCGGCCAGCCGAGGGCCAAGGGCGUCGUCGAGCUCGCGCAGGAAGCCGAGGACGUCGACGUGGUGCAGACGGGCCAGGCCAGCUUCCAGCUGGCCUUUUGCCACAAGUACGAGCUUCACGUCCUGAACAUCAGCAAGAAGAAGGCGGAGCCGGAGCUCAUCUUCACCAUGCCCGACGACGACGGCGGCGCGCGGCCCGUCUUUCGGUCGCUGCGAUACCUCACGCCCGAAUUCAUCCUCGCCGUCGCCAACCUGCCCGGCCGGAGCGGCGUGCUCAUCCAGUGCCUGCGACUGCCGGCGGCGGGCCAGGAGCGGGCCGGGAUGGCGGCGACGGCGCGGAUCCCGCGCAAGAUGUCGGCGUCGGCCCUCGCCGUCGUGAACCUCGCGCCGGGCUCGACCUCGUGGGCGCGGGCGGGCAACACCCAGUUCCUCAUCGCCGUCGCCGGCAACGACUCCUCCAUCUCCCUCUACGGGCUCGAGCACAAGGCCUCGAACCUCCUCCACCUCCUCAGCGGCCUCGACCCGAUAUGCACCCUCAAGGACGUGCACGUCGGAGGCAACAUCACGGGCGUCGCCUUUUCCCGAUUCGUCACGCCCAAGACGCACACCCGACAGCAGUCCGUCAGGCUCGCGAGCAUAUCGAUGCAGAAGACGGUCGUCAUGCACAGCAUACCGCUCAGGAAGCAGGUCGAGACGGCGGCGGCGCGCGGCAAGGACGCGGCCGCGCCGACGGUGCGAUACGUGUCGUCGAUGAAGCCUCGAGCGCCAUCCUCUCGCCCUCUCGUCGCCGUCCUGACCCUCUUCGUGCUCAUCAUGGCCAUGGUCGGGCAGGCCGUCAUGGAAAUGUACGGCAGGAGCGAACCCUUCAUCUUCGCCAACAGCUUGCUGCCCGCCUGGCACGGCACGUUGGGCUCGCCCGACUUUCCUUCGGCCGCCUUCUUCGACGGCGCGCUCGCGGACUUGUUCGCCGGCGGCAAGGCGGCCGACGGUCGCGAAAAGGUGGUGCUGCUCGACACGGACCACGCCGCCGCCUCGGCCGACACGUCGUCGCCGGAUGGGAAGAUCAAAGCCGACGUGUACGACUCGGACGUUCACGGCGCCGCCAAGGCAUGGGAGGAGCUGGGCGACGAGGAGAAGGACAUUUGGCGCGAGCGGCUCCGCGAGGCCGGCGCCUGGACGCAGGGCAUGGGCGAGAACGUCUUCAAGGGCGUUUUCUUCGGCCAGAUUGCCGCCGCCAUCGGGGAUGCCGUGGCGAACUAG